CGCCUCCUCUCUCUCAACCUUUUCCGAAACCAAACUUUCUUAUUCUAUUUGAAAAUCCAAAAUCAAUCAGAGCCUGAAUCGAAACCUUAAUCUUUCUCCUUAGAAACCACUACAAAAAUUAGAAAUAAAAGAAGUUUAUGUGGUGAAUCUACUAUAAAUAAAAUCAGAAUCAGUUUGGGUUUCUUUCUUUUUUCGUUUAGUCGGUGAUUUGUUUAACCCUCGCUUCUGUGAUUUUCUUCUUGAUUCUCCCAUCAAGAUGAGUUUCUUUCUUUUUUUCGCAGAUGAGUUUCUUUUUUUUCUUUCUCAGAUCUAUUUUGGGUUUCAUUGGAUCUUAAUGUUUCAAUGUAAAAAUAUGAUUAUGUACUUUGUUUGAUUGAAUUUGAAACAGGAAGUUGAAGAGAGAUUUCUGAGAUUUGAAGCCUAACUUGUUUAGAGAUGAAAAGAUUUAAGGGUUUCUAUUGUUUUAUGGAUUAUUCUGAAGAACUGAAAUCAAAUUAGAGUCACUUCGUGUUGUUUUAAAAUCCCUAAAUCUUGUAAUUAAAAUCAAAGGAAAGUAUAAUUUUCUAUUGUUCACUUCAUUGAUUUUGAUGGGUUAAAUAGCAUCACUAACUUGGUUGUAAUUCUCUGAUUUUACAGAUAGAAAAGUGAAAUCUUGGGUGUUUACUUGAUGUAUCAAACACUAGAUAAUUUAUGAAAUCUUGGGUGUUUACUUGUCUGUGUUUACUUGAUAGAUUAUCUAGUUUAUUUUUUUUUGGUGUUUUAGAUUAUCUUGGAAUUAUACUUAUUUUUUGUUUAUUUUAUUUGAUUCAUGGACUAUAUAAAGUUGGAAGAUGUUGAGUAGUGGUAGAGAUUCUUACAACAAGGAAGUCCUGUGGUUAGAGUUGUUAGACCUCAGUUUGAAUCUAACCUUGUCCCUAAAGUCAUGUAUGUUUCAGAAGCAAAGACGACCUUGGUGUCCUCAUUCUCUUCUCCAGUUCAUUCACCAAAAAAACAAGAAGUACUACAAGCACACGGUAGAUCAGUAUGAGAGUGAUUUGCUUUUUGUUGCCCAUUCACUAGUACUCUCUAUCAAUGAGAAGGACUUGCACAUCGUUAAGCCAUUCCCCUGCAAUGGAAGCUGCAUUAGAUUUUAUCUGAAGUUCCAGUUAGUGUUAUGGGGCCUUAAAUUAUGGGCAAGAAGGCGAGGAAUAUACUGCAAUUUGGUUGGAUUUUUCGGAGGAAUUCACCUGGCUGUUCUCACAACUUUUAUAUGUUGUCGAUUUCCUAAUGCCAGUGGUACAACACUUAUUUCAAGGUUCUUUGAAACUUAUACAUUUUGGCCAUGGCCUACCCCAGUGAUGCUACAAGGGGACCUGGAUGCUAUGGCCCUAGUAGCUGCAAACAAAGGAAAUCCUAUGCAAGAAAUUGUAGAGCAAGUUCGUGAUAGAAGUACUGUGUUUACUUGCUUCCAGAAUUCCGGUUUGUUCAAGUUUUUGUUGCUGGAAUUCAGGCAUAUACCCUGUAAAAUGGAAGCCCAGGUUGAUUCAAGGUAUCACCAGCCAAGCCAAGCCAAGGGAUUGACUCGAGGUAUUCACGAUCACCUUCACCCGUUAAGCAUGGCUCGAGCCGUUCACAACUGUCUUCACCGGUCGGGUUUAUGUUCAAGCACGUUUGCCUUCUUACAAUGAAUUGGUUUCUUGGGAGCAUACAAUGAAGAUAUUUCUUUGCUGGCGACGAUGAUGAUCACAGGUGUGGUUUGUAGCCCGGAAUCUCGGAACGCCGACAAGGUUCCGGUCAACAAUUUUUUUUUAAUUAAAUGUAACAAAGAUUAUUACGAAAAUAACUGGAUCAAUUUUUCAAAACUGUGACUAAAUAAAGACACGUGUUUUCUUUGGAAUUAACAAA